CGGCUGGUUCCCAAUAGAAAAAAUAAUACAGUGCGAUUUAUUCAUUCAUUCGCUCACUAUUUUGUUCUAUUCACUUCAGUAAUACCGAAAUAAAUAAACCACGCAUGGUCCAUUGUUGGUCUUUCAAUAAUUUUUAGUAUUCUCGGCAUUGUUUCUUUUUAUAGCAUUGCCGCACUUUAUUUUUUCAUAAACAUAAUUUUCUCUAUUUUCAUUCAGUCCAUCUUUCACCAUAUCUUCGGUAUUGUAACAAGACGCGUCUUAUUUUUCUUCUAUUUCCCAUUUCUUCCUUCUCCUCACCUCUACCAAUACCUCUAUUUCCCCUCCCUCUUUAAAUACUUUUAUAUUCUACAAUGAAGAUUUUUGGCUGCAUAGUCGGUUUAGCUUUGCUGUCCGUUCAAGUAUCCUGCCUGGAAUCCCCGCCGGGUGCAGAAACUCUCGCCGCCUGCACAAACAUAGCGGUGCGCAAGGAGGUGCGUUCUCUAACCUCCGCCGAAUGGAGCGCCUACACGGAAGCAGCCAAGGCAGCGUACAAUGACAAGUGGGUCGACUGGUUUGGCUACCUUCACGAUCGCAUCGCCAUGCCAAUUCACGGCAACUCCAUGUUCCUCGUGUACCAUCGCGCAUUGACUCGGGAUUACGAGAAGAUCCUGCGCGGAUACAAUCCCUCUGUCAGCGUACCCUAUUGGAACUCCAUGGUGGAUUACCAGAAGCCCGACACUUCGGCGGUGUUGAGCAACACGGGUGUUGGCGGCAAUGGCCAGGGUGACGGUGGCUGCGUCAGUACUGGGUUUGCAAGCACCUGGGAGUACUCCUACCCUAGCAAUCAUUGCUUGCGGCGCAAGUACAAUAACGGAGCCAGUAUUUCCCCAUGGUACUCGCCCGAGUUUGUCACUCAUAUCUUGCAGUCAUCGGUGAAGUACUCGGAUAUUCGCGCAGGGCUGGAGAACUCCAUCCACGGUGUGAUACAUCUGAGUUUGGCCGGCGAAAUGGACACGAUGUACUCGCCAGAGGACCCAGUUUUCUGGAUCCACCACGCCAACAUUGACCGCCUCUUCUCCCAGUGGCAGGCUGUUAACCCGGAUGAGCGCACAUACCAGAUUGACGGUGCUGCUCCGGAUGGCUCCGUUAUGACCCUCAAUACGCCGCUGGUCGGUGGCACCAGCAAGCCGACUUACACCGUUAUGCGCCUGGGGUACGGCGACAUGUGCUACACCUACGAUACAAUUGAAAAGGCCACCGCCGGCGAUGAUGCCUCCCUGCUUAAGCGCAAUGUUCAGAAGUGCAUCCCACGCCCGAACCCCGCUACCGAGGCCAUCAAGCAACUGCCUGUGCACGUUCUCGAGAAAUUCUACCCGUCUUUCGCUAAUGGCACGGUUAACCCGCUGGAAAAUGAAAUGACUUCGCUCACUCCCCUGCAUCCUAUUGGUUACGAUGGCACGUUUGUGCCAAAAUCUCCUAAUGAGGAGCUGCGUGGUAAGAUGCCGGUGCCGGCGAAACUCACAGCAGAGUGGAAGAGUAUGCAGAAUGCCUGUGAGGAGGAAGUUAAGGAGCUAGAGGACCGCGCUUGUGCUAUGGUUGAGGCUUUGAACAAGGCCAACUACCUCUCGCCUUAUCUUUUCUAAAGAUAAUGUUUUUCCCUGUUUUGUUUUGAUUUUGAUUUUGAUUUUCGUUUUUAUUCUUCUAUUUAUCGUUUGAUUGGCUAAUAAGACCAUUCUACAUCUGACAUUUGUCAGUUAAUAUAUAUUUGUAUCCAUUCAAA